AUGCGAGUAUCCGUCCCCGGCAUCCCACAAGCUAUCCUCGAUGCAAAACCUAUCUACUCUGUAAAAUCCAUCAAAGAGGCUACUGAAAGACUGUCAGAAUUUCUAGGCAUUGGGAAUGUUACUGUUUUGACUGGCGCUGGGGUCAGUGUUGACUCCGGCAUUCGGGCGUACCGCGGCGACGAUGGUCGGUACAUGAACCCCAAUUACAAGCUUCGGUCUUAUUUAGGAUACCCCCCAGUUCGCGACGCGCAACCCAAUACUACCCACUUUGCCCUUGCCGCUUUGCAGCACACAUCUCACGUCUCACGUCUCAUCACACAGAACGUGGACGGCCUUCACCAUAAAGCUCUCCGUAAAGCGGCCACAACUCAUUGGGAUUCUAUGCGGAUACAGGAAAAUAUUUUAGAGCUCCAUGGAACACUACAUCAUGUGCAUUGUAACCGUGGUCAUGUCGUAGAUCGCAACACAUUUCAAGACAGGCUUUCAGCAGCAAAUCCCAGGUGGUAUGAAUAUGCAGAAGAAUUAGAGCGCACGGGGAUGCAACCGAGAACAAAUCCAGACGGCGACGUUGCUGUAGAACAACUCGGCAUCUCGUACAGUGAUUUCAUAGUACCCAAUUGUCCGGACUGUCUCUUUGAAGGCCAUCAAAAUUCGGUGUUGAAACCGGAAGUGAUCUUCUUUGGAGAAUCCAUUCCGAAAGCGGUUAAAGACCGGUCAUAUCAUGACAUUGAAACUUGUGAUAAAUUGCUCCUCAUGGGUACUACUUUAGCGACAUACUCCGCUUUCAGGUUGCUGAAACAUGCACUUGAGCUGAACAAACGUGUUAUGCUUCUGAACAUGGGACCCUCUCGCGCUGAUGGUCUUCCAGGUAUAGUAAAGUUGGAUAUACCAAGUGGUGCCGUCAUGAGAGACGUCGCUAGAAACGUUAUCGGGAGUCGGGCAACUGAAGAUCCGAUUGUCUCUGAGAUGUUGCAGAGUGGUGUUGUAAACCCACCAUCAACGAAUGAUGAUGAUCGUUCUCCGAGAGCGGCUGGUUAA